AUGAGACACAAAUUGGAUGAGCAAUUUGGGAGAUUCAUUGAUAUGCUAAAACAACUUCAUCUUUCUCUACCUUUUACCGAUGUGAUCAACCAAAUGCCAAAUUAUGCCAAAUUACUCAAGGAAAUUUUGAGUGGGAAAAGGACUUGUGAGGUUGUGGAAACUAUCAAUUUGACCGAAAAUUGUAGUGGUAUCAUCAUGAACAAAAUGCCACCCAAAUUGAAAGACCCCGGAAACUUCUCCAUCCCUUGUGCCAUUAACAAGAUGCAAAUUGAUAAUGCCUUAUGUGACUUGGGAGCUAGUGUUAUCAUAAUGCCAUAUUCGGUUUAUCAAAGGCUUGAACUAGGGGAACUCUUACCUUCUAACAUUAUCUUACAAUUAGCCGAUAGGUCAAUCAAGUUUCCAAAAGGUAGACCCUUUCUUGCUACCUCGGGUGCUAUGAUUGAUGUGAGGAGUGCAAAGAUUUCCCUUAAGGUAGGAGAUGAGGACAAAGUAGGUACACCAUGCAAGGAAGUGGCAUUCUAUGAAGAAUUGCUUAAUGGAAGCAUGGAAGAAGUGGAUGAGCAAAUGUGCUUGAAAAUCUCAAACCAAGAGGCUUUCCAAGCGGCCACAUCAAAGGAAGUUAGUGCAUCCUUGAGCGUGAGCCAAGCUCAAGCGUUAUGUGGUGUUUUGAGAAAGAACCAAGGUGCUUUGGGGUACACAAUUGAUGAUCUUAAAGGUAUAAGCCCCGCCUUGUGCCAACACCAUAUAACACUUGAGGAAGGCGCCCUUCCUUCUAUCGAACGACAAAGAAAACUACAUCCCCAAAUGGGAGAGGUAGUUAAGAAGGAGAUCACCAAGCUAUUGAAUGCGGGAAUCAUAUUCCCCAUCUCUAGCUCAAGUAUCUUUGGGGAUAUGUUGGAGGAGGAAAUGGAGGUCUUCAUGGAUGACUUUUCGGUGGGGGGUGUCUCAUUUGAGGAGUGCCUUGUGAACCUUGAGAAGUGUUUAGAAAGAUGUGUUAAGGUCAAUCUUGUUUUGAAUUGGGAGAAAUGCCACUUCAUGGUGGAAGAAGGUAUAGUGCUUGGGCACAAGAUUUCAAAUAGAGGCAUUGAGGUGGAUAAGGCAAAAAUAGAAGUUAUUGAGAAACUUCCACCUCUGGCAUUUGAUAAAUUGAAGAAGGCCCUUAUCUCCACUCCUAUUGUUCAAGCCCCAAGGUGGGAUCUUACUUUUGAAUUGAUGUGUGAUGCAAGUGAUUGGGCUAUUGGAGGUGUUUUGGGACAACGUAUAGAAAAGAAGCUUCAUGUGAUCUAUUAUAUGUCAAAGACACUCAAUGGGGCUCAAAAGAACUACACAACAACGGAAAAAGAAUUUUUAGCAAUUGUGCACUCUUUUGAGAAAUUCCGUUGUUACUUGUUGGGUUCCAAGACCAUAGUCUUCACGGAUCACGCGGCCCUCAAGUAUCUCUUUUCCAAGAAAGAGUCCAAGCCUAGGUUGAUUCGAUGGUUGCUUGAAUUGCAAACUUUUGAGAUUGAGAUUAGGGAUAAGAAGGGUGCGGAGAAUGUUGUGGCGAACCAUCUUUCUCGCCUUGAGGGUGAUCAAAUUCAUGAUGAUGGUUCACGAAUUGAGGAUAGAAUGCUUGAUGACUUCUUAUAUGCCAUAGAGGUGAAGGAACUCCCAUGGCGUUGUGUUCCAAAUGAAGAGGUGCCUAGUGUUUUAAGGAUGUGCCACUCGGACCCUAGUGGUGGGCAUAUGGGUGUUUCCAAGACCGCUACCAAGGUUCUUCAAUGUGGUUUGUGGUGGCCGCAUCUCUUCAAGGACUCAUGGGGCUUUGUGAAGUCAUGUGACCGAUGUCAAAGGGUUGGGAAUAUCUCCAAGAGGAAUGAGAUGCCUCAACAACCCAUUCUUGAGUUAGAGGUGUUCGAUGUUUGGGGGAUUGACUUCAUGGGACCGUUCCCAUCUUCAUAUGGUAAUCAAUUCAUACUUGUGGUUGUGGACUAUGUUUCUAAAUGGAUGUUGAGGAAACAUGGAGUGCAUCAACGGUUCGGCCUUCCAUAUCAUCCUCAAUCGAGUGGCCAAGUCGAGGUCUCCAAUCGUCAAAUAAAGCUCAUUCUUGAGAAGACGGUUGCAAGGAAUAGAAAGGAUUGGUCGAACAAGUUAGAUGAUGCUCUUUGGGCUUAUAGAACGGCUUUUAAGAAGCCUAUUGGUACCACUACAUAUCUCCUUAUCUAUGGCAAAUCGUGCCAUCUCCCGGUAGAGCUUGAACAUCGUGCCUUAUGGGCUAUCAAGAAGAUAAAUUUUGACUUAGGUAGUGCGGGGGAGAAGAGGUGGUUGGAUCUUCAUGAGCUAGAGGAACUUUGA